CCCUUUGGGGGUCAUUCCGGCUUGGUCGCACGCAGGCUAUUUAUUGCACUGCUGCAACCAGGUAAUCGCUGCCAACAGGGGAGGGGGUUAUAGCUGUGCAGGGCUGCGAUCGGCUGUGCAGAGAGGUGCACAAGAAAAAGUUUGUGCAGUCUCUGCACAGCACAAGACUUACUCACCCGCUGCGAUGACCCUUCCUGGAGCUGACGUCAGGAUCCCUCCCUGCAAACGGCCGGGCACGCCUGCAUUUUCUUCUACACUCCCAGAAAACGAAUCGGACCAGGACGCAGAACGGGCACAAUGAAGACUGAGAUCUCCACAGCAGCUGUAUUCAUCACCAAGCUCCUGAAAACCAGUGGGGUCAUACAGGAGCCCCAGCUGCAGCAGUUCUGCCAGUCCCUGCAGGAGUCCAUGAAAGAUCAUUACAAACAACACUGGUUUCCCCAGGUUCCUUGCAAAGGUUCAGGCUAUCGCUGCUUGAGAAUCAACCACAAAAUGGACCCCUUGAUAGGGCGGGCAGCCAGAUAUAUUGGCCUCAGCCACCAGAGACUGUUCCAGCUUCUGCCCAGUGAGCUCACACUCUGGGUUGACCCAUUUGAAGUUUCUUAUCGCAUAGGGGAAGAUGGAUCUAUCUGUGUAUUGUACGAAAGCUCACCAGCAGUUGGGAAGUCUUUAGAGAACCACUCAAGCUGCAAAGAUGAACUUCGGCUGGGACGAAAUAGCCCAUCUAAAAACUACAACAUGAUGACCGUUUCCGGCUAGGUGGACACACGCACAGAACAUUUAAGAAAGUUCAUUUUACGAUUCUGUAUGUAUCCAACGUCCCCUUCCUUAUAACAGUAGAUAAAAAUGAAUUGUCUCAUCUUCAACACCUAGACAUUAAAAUUGUAGUACUGCCAA